AUUUCCUGGGGAAAGGGGUGGCGCCAUCCCGUACAGCGUCCACCUGACACACACAAACAGCACGCCCGGCCGCUGCAAGGUUGGCUGCGUCCCCGGGGGCUGGCAUGGGCGUGGGGCCGAGGGCUAGGCUCCCGGUUGCCAGCAGGCUCGCCCGAGGCCAGCCUCCGCUCCCGGGUUCGGCGAGCAAAACCCUCGGGGUCCCCCCGGAUCGCUCCAACUGAGCCGCGCUGUCGUCAUUCAUUCGCAGUGUCCGGAGCGUCCUUCCUGCGCGGAGCUGGGUUUCGGGGCCGGCGGCCCGGUACUCGGAUUAAGGUGCGGUGACUUCGGGAGUUGCGAGUAGCCUCAGGCGGAGGCGCUCGGGAGCCUCCGAGGAACAGCCGCGCCCCAGCCCUGCCCUGCCCGGCCCGGCCCCGGGCACAGAGCCGAAGCGCUUGCAUUGCCGAGCCGGAUCCUGGGACUGAGCCACACCACUUCCUCCUCCUCCCGCUCCUCUUCCUCCUCCCGCUGCCGUGCGCCGGCUGCGGCGCUGCGGGCCUGGGCGUCUGCGGCGCCUGGCGGGGAGAGGAUGCUGCUCGCCGGGCUCGCGUUCUCGCGGUGCUCCUCGGCCACCCGCUGGGGCUCUGUGGCAACCAGGGCACCUUGGUGAAGUCGCUGGCCGCCGCUGUCGCCGUCACUGCACCUAGCAAGCGGACGCGCGUGUGCCCGGAGUGCGCGCCUGUGCGCGCCGUGGCGAGCAGGAGCCGACCCCGCGGCCCAUUGUGCGUCGGCCCGCGGCGGCCGGGAACAUGUGGGUGAACCCCGAGGAGGUGCUGUUGGCCAACGCGCUGUGGAUCACCGAGAGGGCCAACCCCUACUUUAUCCUGCAACGGAGGAAGGGGCACGCCGGCGAUGGGGGCGGCGGCGGCGGACUGGCGGGCCUCCUGGUGGGUACCCUUGACGUCGUAUUGGACUCCAGUGCCCGGGUCGCUCCGUACCGCAUCCUGUACCAGACCCCAGACUCUCUGGUCUAUUGGACCAUCGCCUGUGGUGGUUCCAGGAGAGAGAUCACUGAGCACUGGGAAUGGCUUGAGCAGAAUCUGCUGCAGACACUCUCCAUCUUUGAAAACGAGAACGAUAUCACCACGUUCGUGAGAGGAAAGAUACAGGGCAUCAUUGCAGAGUAUAACAAAAUUAAUGAUGUAAAGGAAGAUGAUGACACGGAUAAAUUCAAAGAAGCCAUUGUGAAAUUCCAUCGACUGUUUGGGAUGCCUGAGGAAGAGAAGCUUGUCAACUAUUACUCUUGCAGCUACUGGAAGGGGAAGGUUCCCCGGCAGGGGUGGAUGUAUCUCAGUAUUAAUCACCUGUGCUUUUAUUCAUUUCUGAUGGGAAGGGAAGCCAAGCUGGUCAUCCGGUGGGUGGACAUUACUCAGCUGGAGAAAAACGGCGCGCUGCUUCUGCCCGAUGUGAUCAAGGUGAGCACACGGUCCAGUGAACAUUUCUUCUCCGUGUUUCUCAACAUCAACGAGACAUUCAAGUUAAUGGAGCAGCUUGCCAACAUCGCCAUGAGGCAGCUCCUAGACAACGAAGGCUUUGAACAAGAUAGAUCCCUGCCCAAACUGAAAAAGAAAUCUCCUAAAAAAGUAUCUGCACUCAAACGUGAUUUGGAUGCCAGGGCGAAGAGUGAGAGAUACCGGGCACUUUUCCGGCUGCCCAAAGAUGAGAAAUUAGAUGGCCACACAGACUGUACCCUAUGGACUCCAUUUAACAAAAUGCACAUUUUGGGACAGAUGUUUGUGUCCACAAAUUACAUCUGCUUUACCAGCAAGGAGGAGAACUUAUGUAGCCUCAUAAUCCCACUCCGGGAGGUGACAAUCGUAGAAAAGGCGGACAGCUCCAGUGUCCUCCCGAGUCCUUUGUCCAUCAGCACCAGGAACAGGAUGACCUUUCUGUUUGCCAAUCUAAAAGACAGAGACUUCCUGGUGCAGAGGAUCUCGGAUUUCCUGCAGCAAACAACUUCCAGAAUAUACUCGGACAGAGAGUUGGCCGGAAGCUACAACAGCUCAGAUGACGAGGUGUAUUCUCGGCCCAGCAGUCUCGUCUCCUCCAGCCCCCAGAGAAGUACCAGCUCUGAUGCUGAUGGAGAGCGACAGUUUAACCUCAAUGGUAACAGCGUCCCCACAGCCACACAGACUCUGAUGACCAUGUAUCGGCGGCGGUCUCCUGAGGAGUUCAAUCCUAAACUGGCGAAAGAGUUUUUGAAAGAGCAAGCCUGGAAAAUUCACUUUGCUGAGUACGGCCAAGGAAUCUGCAUGUACCGCACAGAGAAAACGCGGGAGCUGGUGCUGAAGGGCAUCCCGGAGAGCAUGCGCGGGGAGCUGUGGCUGCUGCUCUCAGGUGCCAUCAAUGAAAAGGCCACGCAUCCCGGGUACUAUGAAGACCUGGUGGAGAAGUCCAUGGGCAAGUAUAAUCUCGCCACGGAGGAAAUUGAGAGGGACCUGCACCGCUCUCUCCCAGAACAUCCAGCAUUCCAGAAUGAAAUGGGCAUCGCUGCCCUGAGAAGGGUAUUGACAGCUUACGCUUUUCGAAAUCCCAACAUCGGAUAUUGCCAGGCCAUGAAUAUCGUCACAUCCGUGCUGCUGCUUUACGCCAAAGAGGAGGAAGCCUUCUGGCUGCUGGUGGCUCUGUGUGAGCGCAUGCUUCCGGACUACUACAACACCAGGGUUGUCGGUGCGCUGGUGGACCAAGGCGUCUUUGAGGAACUGGCACGAGACUAUGUCCCCCAGCUGUAUGACUGCAUGCAGGACCUGGGCGUGAUUUCUACCAUCUCCCUGUCUUGGUUUCUCACCCUGUUUCUCAGUGUGAUGCCCUUUGAGAGUGCCGUGGUAGUGGUUGACUGUUUCUUCUAUGAAGGAAUCAAGGUGAUCUUCCAGUUGGCCUUAGCGGUGCUGGAUGCAAAUGUGGACAAGCUGUUGAACUGCAAGGAUGACGGCGAGGCCAUGACUGUAUUAGGAAGAUAUUUAGACAGCGUGACCAAUAAGGACAGCACGCUGCCUCCCAUCCCCCACCUCCACUCGCUGCUCAGUGAUGACGUGGAACCGUACCCGGAGGUUGACAUCUUCAGACUCAUCCGGACAUCCUAUGAGAAAUUUGGAACAAUCCGGGCAGACUUGAUUGAGCAGAUGAGAUUCAAACAGAGGCUGAAAGUGAUCCAGACCCUGGAGGAUACUACCAAACGGAACGUACGGACCAUUGUGACAGAAACUUCCUUUACCAUUGAUGAGCUUGAAGAACUUUAUGCUCUUUUCAAGGCAGAGCAUCUAACCAGCUGCUACUGGGGAGGGAGCAGCAAUGCACUGGACCGGCAUGACCCCAGCCUGCCUUACCUGGAACAGUAUCGCAUCGACUUUGAACAGUUCAAGGGCAUGUUUGCCCUUCUGUUCCCUUGGGCAUGCGGAACUCACUCGGAUGUGCUGGCCUCCCGCUUGUUCCAGUUAUUGGAUGAGAAUGGAGACUCACUAAUUAACUUCCGAGAGUUUGUCUCUGGGCUAAGUGCUGCAUGCCAUGGCGACCUCACAGAGAAGCUCAAGCUGCUGUACAAGAUGCACGUCUUGCCUGAGCCAUCUUCCGAUCAAGAUGAGCCGGAUUCUGCUUUUGAAGCAACUCAGUACUUCUUUGAAGAUAUCACCCCAGAAUGUACACAUGUUGUGGGAUUGGAUAGCAGAAGCAAAACGAGUGCUGACGAUGGCUUUGUCACCGUGAGCUUAAAGCCAGACAAAGGGAAGAGGGCAAAUUCUCAAGAAAAUCGUAAUUAUCUGAGACUUUGGACUCCAGAAAAUAAGUCCAAGUCCAAGAAUGCCAAGGAUCUACCCAAACUGAACCAGGGGCAGUUCAUUGAGCUGUGCAAGACGAUGUACAACAUGUUCAGCGAGGACCCCAACGAGCAAGAGCUGUACCACGCCACGGCGGCGGUGACCAGCCUGCUGCUGGAGAUCGGGGAAGUGGGCAAGCUCUUCGUCACCCAGCCUGCCAAGGAGGGCAGCAGUGGCGGCGGGGCAGGUGGCACACUGCUCCCCAAGAAAGGGCCAGGUCAGCCGGACGCGGUGGAGACCGCAGAGCCCCUGGCAGCAGACGGCGAGGAGCACUCCCUGGGAGGCCAGAUGGAGGACAUUAAGCUGGAGGACUCGUCGCCCCGGGACAACGGGGCCUGCUCGUCCAUGCUCAUCUCUGACGAUGACAGCAAGGACGACAGCUCCAUGUCCUCGUACUCGGUGCUGAGUGCCGGCUCCCACGAGGAGGACAAGCUGCACUGCGAGGACAUUGGGGAGGACACGGUCCUGGUGCGCAGCGGCCAGGGCUCUGCAGCACUGCCCCGCAGCACCAGCCUCGACCGGGACUGGGCUAUUACCUUCGAGCAGUUCCUGGCCUCGCUCUUAACCGAGCCUGCGCUCGUCAAGUACUUUGACAAGCCCGUGUGUAUGAUGGCCAGGAUCACCAGUGCGAAAAACAUCCGAAUGAUGGGCAAACCCCUCACCUCGGUCAGUGACUAUGAGAUCUCAGCCAUGUCAGGCUGAACCCGUGCGCCACCUGCUGGAGGACCGUGGGGCAGGGAGGGUGUUUUUUUAUGUUCCUCUGUAGCGGCGUUCUUUUUCUUUUUAAAUUAAGUAUUUAUUAGUACCAGGCCCGAAACCUCGUGUUUUCAUAACGUUAUAUCAUGAAAGCUGUUGGAGAAAAAUAUUUAAACACCUCAUUAUAGGCAGAGUACACUCUUUGGGGGCGGGGGGAGGGCAUUUAUUGGAAUACAGUUUAUUGAGUGAAUUUAAAAAAAAGAUGAAUCUGUCUGUGAUACAUAUGUAUUGUAACUUAUUAAUCUUAUUGUUGAGCUACAUACAUGAUUUGAAAAACUAGUGCUGUUUCUUGCUAAGGAAGACGGCAAGCAUUAGAGUCAGACGUUUUCAGUGUAAUCAGAGCUGGAAGGAACGCGAAAGGACGCAGCGUUAAGACUGUUCUUCCUUGCUAACGCAUCGUGCACAGCGGACAGACCCUGUGCCACUGUGAGAAGUACUGGAUACAUCAUUUUUCUUUUAAGACUUGAAAUGUAUUUCAUGGAAGUUCUCUAUUCAAAAAUCACUUUCAACAAAUGCCCCCUUUCAUGGGAAAACUUUUGGGGUCCUAUACAGUGAAGAAAGCGGAAAUGAGUUUUACACAUGAUGCCAGGUAGCAGCGGGAUUCGGAUUAGUUUGGACACUCUGGCAUUGAACAUGGUUUCUGGCUGUUGAUGCCAGCUGGCCAGAACUCAUUAACUAGGAACAGCCUUUUGUUACAGAGUCAAUGUGGCUUCGAGGCUCAUGGUGGGCUUGGGGCUUUUUGAGUUUUGAAGGAGUAGAAUUACUGAUUCUUCUGAUACUGAAUUUUCAGCUUCUUGUUACUGCAAAUAAGUAAAUAAAAUGAAAUGUACCAUUUCCAUAAUCUCCUUAGAUUCAAGAAAUUAGACCAUGUAUCGCCUAGGACCAUCUUUUCAUCAAAUCAAUGUAGAGAUCAUGUAAAAAAAAAUUCUUGCAAGAUAACAUAACUAAAUGUUUUAAGGCAGAACUUGUCACUUUAUAUAAAAUAAUAGUAUGCUCUGUUUCUUUCCUGGAUGGAUGUGGAAAUGAAGAUUGGCACACCUGCACUUUGAAUUCUUGCUUCUCUUCUAAGACGAUCCUGAUGUUCGUGGUCCGUUUGUUUUUUACAGAUGUUGGGGCUUUUCUCCAUGGUGUUGAAUCAUAAUCAGGUCCAGAUUUUCUUUGCCUGCGUUGGAUGUCCAUUUCGACACAUUCCUUUAUUUUAUUACACACAGUGUCCUUAUUGUAGCUGUUGCUGCAUUGUUUCCUGUUUUGUUUACAGGAUGAAGUAGUGUUAACCUCAAACAGGAUGAAUGUGAGCAAAUAAAAUGCUUCAGACACGG